AUGAAAUUGAAGCUAUGCGUAUCCAACACGGAUGUGUUAUUAUCAACAUUAUCAGCUAUACAGCCAUUACGAAAAUUAUGUGUGCUGAGGUUUACUCCUGUGCAUCUAUGUAUAAUAAGUAUGGCCUUAAAUGAGCCCCAGGCUUGGUGCAAGAUAUCGCAGGAAGUCUUUCCAUUGUACGAAGUUGAGUCGAUUAGAGAUAAUGUGCUAUGUGUGGAGACUAAUAUUGACCCUUUGAUCAACGCGUUAAGAAAUUUCGACAAGAGCAAUUCAGAUGGGCUGUCGAUUAGGCUUCAACGAAGACCAGUUGCAAAUGAAGGUCCAGAAUCUUCCAAGAAGAACAGAUCUAUGGCCGUGCUAUCGCUGAUCUACACGGAGCAUGUGUCUAUGGCUUCGUCUAGAAGUUACAGUUUCAAGAUUCCAGUUAAAGUUUUGAAGGCUGAAAUCGAUCAAGGUAUCGUAGAGCCCCAACUGACCCAUGCGGAGGUUUUGAUGAAGCUCGACAGAGAUAUUUUACCGUUGUUCAGACGUAUUGAACGGUAUAAAAGAUCUGGGUAUAUCUGCGUUACAGGAACAAACCGUGGAAGACUUGAGCUAUCCAUUGAAGAGGAUUCCAGAAAGGUUCAACUAUCAUGGAAAGAAUUCUUACAAGUUCAGCAAUUGGAAGGAGAGACACAGCAACAGAGUCAAUUUAGUACACAAGAUCAAGAUAUGCCCCAUAGUGUGCAGAUAAAAUUAAAGGAUUGGCGGCUUGGAGCUAAACUGACGGAACUGUGCUACAAAGUAGUAAUGAUUAUUAGUGAAAACCAUGCGUUGGUUCUUCAUUGCAUCUUGAACGAAGACGAAACUGCCGAAGUUACGUAUUAUAUUGGCGGAAAGAUUCAGGAUCAAGAAUGA